CCGACAGGCCGUCAGAGUAAGAAGAUCUCAGGUGAACAUGAUAGUGAUGUUGAAGCUCAGCAGGAUUCGGAUAUAAACCCAAACCCUAAAGGUUUCCGCACAAAAUAAAUUUAUAACAGUUAACACAAGCCACGCAGCUCUACUGACUACUGAAGUUUAUACACUGUCACCUGUAGUGGUCACUACAAUUCAACCAGAUGCCUCUGUCUCACCCCGUCACUUUUAUUGCUUCAGAGAAGUUGGACCUAAAGGAUAGGUUACUUUUUUAAGUGAAUGUUGUUAAGUGAAAUUGUUGACCAAAAUUCUCUACUAAGUCGGACAUCAACAACAAACAGAAUAAUUCGUAAUAGAUUAAUCAAAAAAUAAAAAUGAAGAGUAGCUGUACAUCAGUGAGGAUCUCAGAACCAUCUGUUGUGAUGACCUCAGGGCUUUGGAGAAUAAAUGUUUGAAAGCAGAGAUACAUAAGGACGUGCUGACUCAUUAAAUAUUAAAAACCAACAGAAACAUCUUAAAACUGAUCCUAAUAGAGAUAGAAAUGUUUGUCAACAGAGCAGAUCUCCAUGGCCCUCCACUGCCUGACCCUUAGUGCUUCUGUUUUGCAGGUAUUGCUGGCAACUUGUGUUGUUCUGCUCCACACUGGUGUUGACACCUCCUGUAUUUACUACCAGUCUAAUGAACUAGUUCUUCAAGUUGCUGUUGAUCUAUAAACAUGGUUGCCUUUAUAACUGUUCCACAUUACUCUCUCAGGAAAGAGCAACAUCACUUGGACAGAUUCCUUUCUCCCUAACUGGGACACCGAGCCACAGGAGCAGCCUCCCACCUACAGGAACCUACUGUACAAUGGCGCUGCGCCCACGAUCUUCCUCUCAGCCUGGAAAACUUUCCUUCCUUCAGAGUCGCCAUUUACCUUCCGCCCUUCGACCCCGGGCUGUUUCCUCACGCUCGGGCUCCAUGCUGGAAGAGGAGCUGUCCUGCCCAGUGUGCUGUGACAUCUUCAGGGAGCCCGUUGUCCUCAAGUGCAGCCACAGUUUCUGCCGCGCCUGUCUGCAGCAGUUCUGGAACAAAAAGAAGGCCCGACGCGAGUGUCCUGUCUGCAGGAGGAAAUGCUCUCUAACCGAGCCAACGGUCAGUCUGGCUCUGAAGAACGUGGCUGACUCAUUUCUGAAGGACCAGGAGCGCCAGGCGUCUGCAGCGGGGACAUGGACGGGGGGUGGAACGAUGGGGGAGACGGUGGUGGUGUUGGAGGAGAAGUGCAUCACACAUGGAGAAGUUCUCAAGCUCUUCUGUCAUAAUGACCUGGAGGUCAUGUGCUGUGUGUGUCAAACCUCCAAGAAGCACCAAGGACACCAGAUAUGUCCUCUGGAGGAGGGGGCUCAGGACCUCAAGGCGGAGCUGAAGAAAGAGCUGAUUCCUCUGAAGAAGAACCUGCGUCAACUGUAUCAGGCCAAGCAGGAGUGUGAUGACACAACUGUUCACAUCAAGAAUCAAACUCAGGCCACGGAGAAGCAGAUCCGACAGGAGUUCGAUCAGCUCCGAGAGUUCCUGAAGAAAGAAGAAGAAACCCGACUGGCCUCCCUGCGUCAGGAGGAGGAGGAGAAGAAGGAGCUGGUGAAGAAAAAGUCAGACGGCAUCACCAGAGACAUCCUCACCUUCUCUCAGGCGGUCAUCGCCAUCGAGAAUGAGAUUGCAUCCAGCGACGCUCUCUUCCUGCAGAAUUAUCUCAACACAAAGAAAAGAGCAGAGAUCCCUCAGAAAGACCCGGGCAAAGUGUCGGUGGCUCUGAUCAAUGUGGCCCAGCAUGUCAGCUCCCUCAAAUACCACGUGUGGGCCAAGAUGAUGGAGCUGGUUCAGUACACACCCAUCACCCUGGACCCCAACACGGCCUACUCCUGGCUGACCCUCUCCUCAGACCUGACCUGUGUGGCCAACAGUGGCUCUCUGAAGCAGCUCCCCGACAACACUGAGAGAUUUGGUCAUUUUGUGUUUGUCCUGGGCUCGGAGGGCUUCACCUCGGGCCGCCACGCCUGGGAGGUGGAGGUGGGAGACAAGGUGGACUGGAUGCUCGGCGUGGUAAAGGGGUCUGUUGACAGAAAAGGUCGUAUCUCGGGCUGUCCUGAGGGCGGGUUUUGGAUGAUAUCACACUACGAUGGCGAGUACUCGGCCAUGACGAGGCCCAGCGUCCCUCUGGACAUCCAGGGUGAGCUGACCCAGGUCAGAGUUCAGCUGGACUACGACUCUGGGGAGGUGAUCUUCUCAAAUCCUAUCAGUAUGAAGCACAUUUACACCUUCACAGACUGCUUCACUGAGAAGAUGUACCCGUUCUUCUGCCCUGGGGCAAACAUCAACGGGAAUAACCCCAAACCCCUGAAGAUCUGCCCGGCUAAAGUGGCUGUCUGGAACAGCGCCACAUGGUGAUUAGGUUAAUAAAAAAAAACAUCACACAGGACAUUAGUGUGUUGUAAUAUUAAGAAAUGACCCCGGAGCAAAUCAAAUCAUUUAGGGAGACGAUGAUUGUGAUGUCAGUGGAUGUUUGUGUGUGAGCAGAGUGAUCAGUGAUGACACUGAGGCUCAUUACGUGGGUGAUUGUUGUUAAUGAAUCACAGAGCAGCUGCUGAAGAACUUCCUGAUGGUCCGGAGGAGCUCCAUUCUGUGUCUCUGUCAGGAAGGUGAUCAUGCUCAACAUCCCCUGCUCUCUCCUGACCAUUAAUUUCCCCCUGGUGGCCACACACACACGUGCACACUCACACAGAGCAGAGUUACUAUGGAGACUCACGCAGCAGAUUCCACUCAUUUCAUCCCCUCUAAACAAACCCUGUGUUGAAUUUAUUAAAAUUCACAUUUUAUGAAUUGCAGUCUAAUUGUGUGCCUGUGAAGUGUUUUAGUUUUAUAUGGGUUUAAUUUGUUGAUGCAGCUCUGAUUUUAGCUGAUGGAUGUGAUCUGAAUUGUCUUUGAAUGGAGCACAGGAGCUGAGGAGCACUUAGUGAGGAGGACAUUUAUGUCUCUGAUCAACAGCUGUGGCCAUUUGGAGAAGAAGUUGUGAAUUAUUGGUGGUUUCUUUACCUUCAUAUGCCAUUUUCAUAAGUAGGCAGGGUUCGCAAGAAUGUCGUUUCAUGCUUUAGUUGUGUGUGGUGAUGUCUUUAACAAGGACUCUGUCUGAUUUCUUUGAUAUGUCUACGACCUAUUUGAAUGGAAGUGUUUACAGGUGCAAAAUAAAUCCAGUAGGUGGCAGUAUGUAACUCUGUAACGCUGCUGUGAAACCUCCCAAAAGAAGAAGUAAGACACUGGUUGAAGAGGCCUAAUAUUUUAAAUAAUAAUAAGGUCUCACGAUGCUGCUGAUGGUCAUGCUAACUUCUGUUGUUGAAAAGCAGCUUUUUACUUCAGGCUUUUGUGUCAGACAAUGAACCUGUUCGAACUAUAACACCUGAGAAACUGUUGCCAUGAGAACUGUUUUUUUUUUUUUACAGUUUCCACGUGUGCUGUUUUAAUAAUACCUACUGUUGCUACAUUUCUAAACACUCUAUAGGAAAAAUAGUUCAUGCAUCACCAUGUGAAUGAAUACCUGGUGUCAGAGGUGACGUUUGAAUACAGGCUUGUCCAAAAUCCAUAUCUUAUAUUGUCCUAUAGUGGUAUUUUUUUUUUUUUUAAUAAUAAUUCAUAUGA